CGUAGAGCGUACUUACAAGAAGAUUUGAUGUAAAGCAAAGAUUACCUGGGCGUUUCGAAUACAAAUUUGAAAAAGAAGAUCCAUAUGCUAGACAUUCCCACGACUUAUCCAAGAGUUCUCGGAGAAGAGUUGACUGUGCAAGCUUCUGUAAUCAUCAAAGAAGGAGCAGACUGAAAUGAAUCGCAUUUCUGUUAUUGGGAAGAUGGACUCUGCAACCAAACAAGAUCAACCUCCAAGGAAUGAUGUGAAAGUAAAUCUUCUUUGGAAUGAGAUGUUGGAACCCCUCCUUCUGGUUUUGAAGAUCGUCGGAGUCUAUCACGAAACAGCUUUCAAGGGCGCCCUCAGAACCCAGGACCAGACUGAAGGUUCAGGGUGGUUUCCUGAUGCUGAUCCUGAGCCACCGAGGUCGACAUGGUCGAGGAGCUGGCGGAAUGGCCUUUCUCGGGUAUAUCACGCCUUCGUGUGUAUAUACCUGUGGCUGAAUGCGAUUCGGAUGACCUACGUUAUUUCUCUCAGUGUCAGGUACGAUCAGAUAACAUUGCAAGUUUACUUUUACGUCGUUUCUAUAUGCAAUACCAUCAUGUUCGCAGUGUGUUACAGGGAAAAAGGAAUGCCCUUGUUCCAUCGUCAUUGGAACUCUUCGGUUACAUUCCUUAACACAAGACGAACACAAUGCUCAUUCGAUAGAACCCUCAACACAAAGGCAGAAAACUUACAUGGGAAUCCUAAACAGUACACCAAAUCGGCUGUAUUUGUAACGAUAACUUGUAUUUGUAUGACACUUUUCAACGUUGCUACUAUGAUUUUCUUGACAUUUGGCUUCGGAGGACUAAACCCGCUGAGUUCAAGUGGAGUCUGCGGACCUUGGCUUACAGAGCUAUUUUGCGGCAUCAACUUGAUUUUCGCAGUUUAUGCAACUACUGCGUACAUAUUCCCGGGCGCUCUUUAUUCCCUCAUAUGUCAUAACAUUUCGUUGCAAUUCAACAACCUGUCGGAAGAAUUCGACCAGGCUCUCAACUCUCCCCAUCCGAUUGAUAAAAUGACACUGAAUUGUUUUCGGCGAAGACACGCUGUUAUUUGCCACACUGUCGAGGUUGCUGAUGAUGUAUUCUCUCCUCUUAUAGGCGUUAUUUACUCGACGAACAUUCCGCUCAUCAUUUUUCUGUUGUAUCAGCUCUUUUAUAUUGCUGACGGUGACUUAAUCUUCACUGGUCUGACGCUUUUCUGGCUGUUUAGCUGUUCCACCACUGUCUUACUGCUGUCCUUUUUCACAGUGCGAGUUCAUGACAAGGUAAAACGAAUACAUCGGAGUCGAGGGCAAUGAGUGUUUUCAAGUCCGGUGUUGGCCUUGGUGUUGAAGUUGAAAUUUGGAUCGCUUCCUCUUGCUCCAAAACUUAUUCAGAGUUUGUAAAACUGAUCCAGAUCACAUUAUUGACAUCUCAACUACUAGUGAAUGACUUUUCGGGACCAUCUUCAUUUUAUGUUUGGUGUUAUAA